AUGACAGCCAAACCCACAGUCAAUGUCCCCUUCUCCGAACCGCCCUAUCUCAACGGCCUCCCUUCAUUCUGGCUCACGCCCGAGCUCAAAGAAUGGCAGCAGAAAUGCCGCGCCUUCAUCACAGAACACCUCACGCAAAAUGCCUUCGAAUGGGAAAAGGAGGAGACCAUCCCUCCACACGUCUUCCAAACUUUCGCUAAGCAUCGAAUGCUGAUUCCCUCUUUACCCGCCCCGUUACCGGUGAAGGAACUCCACGCCGCAGGAAUCUACGAAAUCCUGGGGGUCAAAGUCGAAGAUUUCACGUACUGGCACAACUACAUCUAUGGCGAUGAGAUGUUGCGGUCCGGACUGACUGGGCCAUCGGGAAGUCUCACGACAGGUAUGGCGUUUGGGGUUCCGCCGCUCAUCAAGUUUGCCAAUGAGGAUGUGAAGAGGAGGUUCUUGCCAGAGCUUUUGAGGGGAGAGAAGAGGACGUGUAUUGCGAUUACCGAGCCAGAUGCUGGUAGUGAUGUUGCGAACAUCAGGACUACUGCUGUGAAGAGCAAGGAUGGGAAGAAGUAUAUUGUUAACGGCAGUAAGAAAUGGAUCACCAAUGCAUACUGGGCAGAAAUGGCGACCAUGGCCGUGAGGACAGGUGGACCAGGUCCUGGCGGACUCAGUCUCUUGGUUGUGCCCUUGAAGAGACACAAGGGUGUAGACAUGAGGCGGCUCAAGGUUCAAGGACAAAUCUCGGCAGGCACGACUUUUAUCGAACUCGAUGAUGUUGAAGUACCCGUGGAGAAUCUCAUUGGCAAGGAAGGCGACGGAAUGAGAAUGAUAAUGACCAACUUCAACCACGAAAGGCUUUCAAUUGCGAUUGGAACUACAAGGCAGGCAAGGGUCGCGCUUUCGGCAGCAUUUGCUUAUGUCUUGAAGCGAGAAGCAUUCGGCAAGACACUAUUUGAGCAGCCAGUCGUGAGGCAUAGGCUUGCGAAAGCAGGACUGCUCUUGGAGACCUCAACAGCUUGGAUCGAGCAGUUCAUUUUCCAGAUGACCAAGAUGAAGAAGGAGGACGCCGAUAGGGAGUUGGGUGGUUUGACUGCAGGCGCGAAGGCAAAUGCUGGUAUAGUACUAAAGGAAUGUGCUGAUUGCGCCGUUCUGCUGUUUGGUGGCAAUGGAUAUACCAGGUCUGGACAGGGAGAGAUCGCAGAAAGAAUGUGGCGCGAAGUCAAUGGGAACAGGAUCCCUGGCGGCUCGGAGGACGUGAUGCUUGAUCUCAUGGUUCGACAGCUUGGCAAGAAUUAUGAGCGGAAGCUGAAGGAGCUGAUGAUGACUCCUGGAUCGAAGCUAUAG